AUGCCGCAUCACCUCCACGGCCAGGGGGCCCCGCGCCGGCCAGCCGCCGCGCCGCCACGGCCAGCCGCGCCCCUAGCCGGCCCGCCUGGCUCAGAUCUGGCCCGGUCGCCCACGACCGCCGGAGCCCUCGCGCGGCCAGCGGGCAGCAGUGGCCGCGCCCGCCCGCAGCCUGAGACGCGAAGCCCGGAGAUCUCCCGUGCGCCGCUCCCCGCGCCCGUCCAGGCCACCAAAACGCCGGCGACGGCACGCCUCCACCGCGCCGCCAGGGGCCAGAAGCACCUCCGCGCCCGCCGCACGCUGCCGCGCCCCAGCACGCCGCCGCGCCGGCCGCACGCCGCAGCACCCGCCGUCCUAGAGCCGCGCCCGAGCGAGCUCCCUCUCACAAACUGUCACUGUUGUAUCUUACAGAUUUGA